AAUCUGCGUUACUUUUUCUUUUGUGAAACCAGGCGUCACCCUCGACGGAUCUGUUUCUCUGCAAUUAGUUUGGCAGAGUAACGCAUAGUGAUGUCAAACAAAAAAAAACAAAUGAAGUUAAUAAGGAAACAAUCUUGGAUUUAAAGAAUCAAACCCCCCCCCCCACCCCCAUUCUUCGAUUUGAUUUCCAGAGACAAUAGAAAAGAACAGAAAUGAGCGAUGGAGAGAACUCGGUGAUGGAAAUCGAAGAGGCUAAAAAAACUGAUACAAGAACAGAGUCGACAUCCAUAGAAGAAACAGAGGGACACGCUACGGAUUUGAGGACGAGGGAAUCUUAUGGAAGGACUGAUCGGAGACGAGAAAGAGAUCCAAGAUCCUCGGGAGAAAAGAUGGUAAAGGAGAAUGCAACUCAGACGAGUGAAUAUCCAGCUCGCACCGGUGUAGGAGAUAGUUACUAUUACCUAAAAAACGGUCGUUGUGGCUUUAGACUAAGUUGCAGAUUCAACCAUCCACCGGUGAGUGGGAACACAAAGAAAGAUUACUUUACUGUGUCUUAUUAG